UAUCGACUGGGGAACCGUUUUUAGAGUUGUCUAUUCGAUAUCCCCCCCUCUCUAAUUUCGUGCUAGUCCUCCGAUCUAUAGGUAUAGAUUACAUGAUGCAGGGCCCAUCUCCACUACAAGGAUAAUGGUUCAUCUUGAUACGGCGGCUGAUAUCCCUCAGCAAAGUGAUGAUGUCCAACCACCAGUAAAAAAAAGGUGCAGAAGAGAGGGUGCUAAAUGGACUCGAUCCGGCUGUCUAACUUGUAAGAGACGACGGAAGCGAUGCGACGAGGCUAAACCUAGCUGUCAAAGCUGUAUCAGACUAGGGCUAAGCUGCGAAGGCUAUGGCUCAAUAUGGGCAAAGCCUCUGGGUCCAGCCGCGCAGGUUUUCAAGCAGACAGAAGCGCCUAAGCGCCACAGAUCCAGUCUGUCGCCUACGCUAUCAGUCAGUUCGCUUCCGUCGUCCCUAGGACAGGCAUUUUCAACACAUCGCUGUGUGUUGUCCCCUCCGUCAUCUGAGCAAAGCUUUGUCAGCCAGUCCUCCCCAUUACCAGACCGUGAUGACCCCGACAAAGUGGACGGAUACGUCCGUGAUCUGGUUCCAUGUGACCAGCUCGUCGUGGGAUCUCCCAGUCCAUCUCGAAUUAUAAGUCACCUGUCCGAUCUCGACACACAUUAUCUCCAGUACCACAUGGAACGGGGAUCAAAGCUUCUAGCUAAUUUAGAAAUCGAUGAAAACCCCUUACGGUCGUUGAUUAUCCCUAGGGCACUUUCAUCGCCGCUGAUAAUGAAAGCACUAUGCGCCGUAUCAGCCAUUCACUUCUCUAAUCGCGCACACUAUAGUUGGUGCGCGGAAAAUGAGGGCGCCAAUUACUACAUUGACACAAUGCGGACUUUGCGAUCAACCCUAGCAAAAGCUCCUGGCGGGUCCUUCCCUGAUGAUGCGAUCCUUACCGUUGCUCUUCUCUGCAAGUACGAGAUCGUACGAGGAAGUGUCCAACAAUGGGCUGUUCACCUCGAUGCUCUAGAAAGAUUGGUCAUUUCCCGCGGUGGAUUCGACAACCUGGAUCAAGAAACCGCCGAGUUUAUCCGUGGGCUAUUCGUCUACGUAAACAACGUAGCCAGAAUAACCAACCGAAGAAAGAUCGGGAACUCCAUCCCCAGUGUAGAAAGCCUCGGCACCCGAAAAUUAGACAUCUACAUCGGAUACACAGAAGAGAUACUCAAGCUCUGCGCGCGAAUCGCAGACCUACCACUCCUAAGCUCUGACUUUGUCGCCUUGGGCCUAGAAAUAAACACAAUAGACACCCUCCUCCGCAACUGGACCACCACUGAAACCAAGCACACAAUCCCCAAAGGCAUGACCGCAGCAACCAUUUCCCGCCUCCACAUGGUUGCAGACUGCUUCCGCGACGCCGCAUAUAUCUACCUUCACUCCAUCCUCGCCCGCAUAACCCAGGACAUUAUCAUCAUCAUCGAGCCGCCCUCCCCCAGUACCCGCCCACCCUGGAACAACCUCAUAUCUCUCCCCAAAGCCGCAGCCGUCCAGCGCCUCCUCCAAAGAAUCCACACCUGCUCGAUAGACGAUAAUUGCGAGUACUCGGCGCUAACCUUCCCGCUGUUCAUCGCGGGCUGUGAAAGCGAAACCCAGUCCGACAGGAGCCUCGUCUUUCAGGUUCUCACGACGCUGGAAGUAAACUUUGGGAUUCGGAAUGUGCAAAGAGUCAAGGAGUUAUUAGGGAUCCUUUGGCGGGGGGGGAAGUCGCACUGGUUAGAUGUUUUAGAGGAGUUGCAGUGGGAUUUAAUUCUCGCUUGAUUUUUUUUUUUUUUUUUCUUCUUCUUCUUGUAUAUUUUGAACAUACAUGCAUAUACAUAUACACAUAUGUAUGUGUGUAUCAUUGUAUAGCCAUACGUUUGAUGGGACCCAAUCUACCGGAUUUGGUGGGGGAUGUAUAUAUAAAUACACACACACACACACAAAUACAUACAUACAUACGCU